GAGUGUUGCGUGCGCACACCCAAAUAAAGAACGAGGUAUUAUGAGGCUUCUAGACAAUUUGCUUUCCAAAUAAAGCCUCCCCACCAUCCGAGCGGCGGCCUCCUCCCCCCUACCGCGGCCCGCUCGCGAGCGAAACCCUAGCCGCCGGCGAUGUCGGACCCCUUGUACCCGUACAUAGGCGGCGGAUUUCCGGGAAGCGACGGCGGGCCGCGGCGGCGGCGGUACUCGGACUUCGAGGUCGACCUCAUCGCGGCCCGCUACACCGGGGUCCCGCCGCCCUACGCUUCCCCCGCCGACGUCGGCUACUUCGACGCGCAGGUCGGCGCGAGGAGAUCCGCAGAAGUUCUCUAUCACCAAUCUUUUAUGGGAAGUCAUAGUACUAUUGGCCAGAGUGAGGCUUUAUAUUCAUCAGAUACUAUGGUCAAACGCCCUAGGCUUGAAAGCAGCCUUCCUAUAUAUCCACAGCGACCAGGGGCAAGGGACUGUGCCUUCUAUAUGAGGACCAGAACUUGUAGGUAUGGAGAGGCCUGCAAAUUUGACCAUCCACAAUGGGUUCCAGAGGGUGGGGUUCCAAAUUGGAAAGAGGUUCCAAACAUUGAAGACUCUUAUCCUGAGCGACCAGGGGAACCAGAUUGUCCUUAUUUCAUAAAGACUGGUAAAUGUAAGUUUAAAUCUAACUGCAAGUUCAAUCAUCCAAAGGAAAAGGUGAAUGCAUUAGAGGCUGGAACAGACAAUGAAUCUCUAAUUGCUGACAGCGCUAUCUUACCAGUGAGGCCUUCUGAGCCACUUUGUUCAUGUGCUUCUCUACUUCAGUUCUAUGCAAAAACAGGCAAAUGCAGAUUUGGUGCAAAAUGCAAGUUCAAUCAUCCAAAAGAUAUUGAGAUACCACCUUUCAGUGGAAAGGAAACCAUAUAUACAGCAACCGAUGCAGCAGCACACAAUGUUGCGGCAGAUGGUUCAGUUCCAGCAAAGAAGCAUGCACAAGCUGCCCCUGCUGAAGCGCAUAACGCAAAGGGGCUUCCUAUAAGACCAGGUGAAGUUGAUUGCUCAUUUUAUAUGAAGACAGGCAGCUGCAUGUAUGGUUCUGUAUGCCGCUACAACCAUCCUGAUCGUCCAGUUGUAGAUAUAGCAUUGAUGGCUCCAGUGGUUCAAAGUAUUCUUCCUACUGCAGCACCCGCUGUCCCUGCGGCAGUGCUAAAUCCAGUUUCAAGUUUUCUGCAAAGCUUUGAUAUUCAUGCGACCCACGUGCCGGUUGAACCUGAGCCAAUCAUCUAUCCUCAGAGACCUGGAGAAACUGUUUGUGAUUUCUACAUGAAGACAGGAUAUUGCAAAUAUUCCGAGAAAUGCAAAUUUCACCAUCCUCAGCAGACUGUGACGCUUACUCUUGCUGGCCUUCCAAGGAGAGAGGAAUUCAACAACGAGCACAACAACGGUGUAUGUGGAUUUCAACAUCUCCAGCACAACACACGAUGUCGUCAUGACCCACGUCUUCAUCACACUCAUCGUUGGGUCUACCUCCUUCACCUAUAUCAAUGGCGAUGCAAUCAUCUACAUGCUCCUUUGAUUCCAGGCCACCGACAUUAUCAUCAAUACAAGGCGAAUAGAGUUCUUCAUCAACCAUCUUCGGCCCUGCCUCAUCACACCAAAGAGCCGUAUGAGAGCAGAACUUGUUUUUCAAUAUGGGGCUUCCUCGGGUUUCGACCAUAGCCCCUACUUUGCAGCAUACGGAGCUUUCCCCAAUUAGCAGCCUAAGGAUGAGUUGCAAGUGAAUGGGGGGAGAGAUGUCAUGGGUCAAGAUUCAGCCCAUGGUCCAAUAAGACCGGGCGUUUCUUGGUAGUUAAG